UAGAUUCUUUUUCUCCGUAUUAAAGUUAGAAACUGUAGCGAAAACUGUAGAGAAUUUGCACCAAUCGACCGAAAAAAUGGAGUUGCCCAACGAUUUCGAUCGCCUUCUUUUCUUCGAGCACGCUCGCAGAACCGCCGAAGCAACCUACGCCAAAAACCCUAGCGACGCUGAUAAUCUGACAAGAUGGGGAGGUGUGUUGUUGGAGUUAUCGCAGUUUCAGAAUGGACCGGAGUCGAAGGAGAUGGUUCAAGAUGCUAUUGACAAGCUGGAAAAAGCACUGGUAAUUGACCCUAGCAAACAUGACGCACUCUGGUGCCUUGGGAAUGCGUAUACAUCUAGUGCAUUUCUGAUUCCCGAGCUCGAGGAGGCUAGGGUUUACUUCGAUAAAGCAACUCAGCACUUUGAGCAAGCAUUUGAACUGGAGCCGACGAAUGAACUUUACAAGAAAUCCUUAGAAGUUACCAGCAAGGCGCCUGAAUUACACGUGGAAAUCCACAAGCAUGGUGGGCUGGGUCAGCAGGCUAUGGCAGGAGCACCCGCAUCAUCAUCAGCCAGCACCAAGCAGCAGAGUACAAAGACGAGCAAAAGUAGUGAUCUCAACUACGACAUUUUUGGAUGGGUAAUCCUUGCGGUUGGUAUCAUUGCAUGGGUUGGAUUUGCAAAGUCGAACAUGCCUCCACCUCCUCCUCCAAGAUAAGCAGCUCGCAUCAUCUUGGCACCAAGAGGUACUUCGCUCUAGUAGAUGGGAUAAUCUUGAGAAAGCUUAUCCGCCUUAUCAGUUGAAAUUUUUACUAGUUCGUUAUUUUUGUGUAACUCAUCAGGCAAAAAGAUCGUCUCUGCACUCGUUUUUAGUUAUAUAUAGUUGGAAGCACACUUCUAUUGUUCUUGUUCAUUAUUGCUUUUAGUCUGUUGUUUUUA